ACAUUACACGCCAGUCCAACGCAGUGCGUCGACACCAACGCACGUGCUGUCAAACAGAACGGUUGGUACGCGCGCGUUCGAAAUCCGAAAAUUUAAAAAACAAUGACAUUUUGGUGUUGUUUAUUUUAAUAGUGCCAAGUUGCCUUUGAAGUGCCAGUUCAGGAUUUGGAUUGUUAGUGCUUUGGAUUUGCGAGAUGUCAACUUUUAUUAGUUCUGCAACCACACAGGCUGAUGCGAAAGAUCACGUUUCAGAUCGUAUAUUAGAACGAGAUGCCGGCUUUGUUUCGGGUGGCGACGACGACGACUCGUGCUCCGGCCCCGCCCACUCCGACGACUCUGGGGUCAGGCUCGUCGAGUCCGACCUGAGGAAGAGAGAGUGCACACCGCCUCUCCUUCCCCCGCCGAAAAAACGACGGCUCGCCUCGAGCGAUGAACCGUCAGAAAGCACCAGCCCCUUCAGACCUUGGUCUUUCCCAGAAGAACCUCAAAGAGAACCGCUUUCUUUAGUCAAAAAGAGUGAAACGAGUUUGCUGCGGCAAAGAAGGAGGCCGGUCGAAGCACCUCCACCACCCCUACCUCCGCCAAGCGUCGAACCCACACCCGGCCCGCCUCGAGUACCCCCACAUCCAGGCGUCAUCGCAGAAUCCUCAUACACAGAUAAAUCAAAACCAAGAGAGCAAAGAAACUACAAAAACAUGACCAGAGAACGAAGGAUAGAAGCCAAUGCUAGGGAAAGAACGAGAGUCCACACCAUCAGCGCGGCUUUCGACACUUUAAGAAAGUCCGUGCCCGCCUACAGCCAUAACCAGAAGCUAUCCAAGCUCUCUGUCCUCCGAAUAGCUUGCGCAUACAUCGCUGCGCUGUCAGCGACGAUAGACCCUGAAGCUGAUCUAGCCUCAGCAGUGGAAUCCGUGACGCAAACGAUACACACGGAGGGGAAGUUAAGAAAAAAGAAAGACGAUCCUUAGAUCUGGAAGCCGUCUCGAACUAAGCCGUCCCCUAAGCCUAUUCUCAUUUAACUCUGGUAGUACAAAAAUGACAAUAAAGGGAUUAAUGAACUAUUUAUUGGAGAGUAGCGUAGUGCGUUUUACCACAUUUUAAAUCUCGUGAUACUUAUACUGUUCUGAGGUUGACGCUUGGUACAUAUGCACAACUGUUAGUUUAUAUUUUAUAUCAGUUCCUAUAAAAAAAUACACAAACAAUUAUAAAAACAGAAGUGUUCCGUGUAUGAGCGUAGUAAAAAUGGAAAUUUUCGGUUUAAGAACAAUUGCACCUAUUUUGAUAGAGCUCAGUCAAUAUCAUCCGAUAUUUUCCAUUUUCUAUCCAACCUAACAAAGCUUGACAUGAUUGAAAUGUAUGUAUUUAAAUAAAGGGUUCGCGAAGUUCACGCUUCCCAGUAAGAAUCUCUUAUUGACUGAUAUUCCAAGGUUUUUAGUAGUUAUUAAUGAAAAUAAUGAAUAUCCAGAAAACCUUUGCAUUUAUGAAGUGAAAACAAGAUAGAUCGUCAUUGAUAUGUCAGCUUUAGAAGUAGAUUGCAAUUUUAGUAAGUAUCUUGUUGUAACUUGUUUCAAGGUACUGUGGCCUACCGAAAAUACCGAAAUGCUCAGUUGUUUUUCGCGUUGACCUUACUUCUGGAUGUGAGGCGUUUUUGGAUUUAGCAACAAAUUCCUAGCCCUUAUUUCCAGAUUUGGUUCUUUAAAGGGCGAUCUGUUUUUAGAUGCGAGACCGGCAUACUUAUUAAAAUAACUUGUAUAGGUAAAACGUAUCUUUAUCUGGCGUUUCAUUAAUCUAAAUUCUGUAUGAGUAUGUCCGAAAUCGCAACAAAUUCAGAUAUCCGGAGACUAAUUGGCAUUUGAAUUUGACUGAAAGGUUCCAAGUUCCAGAAAGGCAUUAAACUGGCAGCUACUAUUGACCAGGUCGAAAAGCACUGAAAAAUCGAUCAAAACUAGUUCACAUAACAUCUAUUUGUGUUUGAAUUGAAAUUACAGAUACAUUCUUCAAAGAUAUAAUAGGUAUAAGGUUUAUACGCAAUGAAGAUAAUUUGACGUCCACAAGACACCCAAUAUUCUUUCAUUAAAUAAAAUUAUACUUGAUUAAUUAAAGUUUAUUUCGGACCGAUUAAUGCUGUCUUUUAAUGCCUACUUAGUUCGUUCGUUAGUUAGUUCCCAUAGCCAUUCCCAGUCCAGUAUUAAGAUAAAAUUACGAACUACCUUUAAAUAUAAUCGGGCUUUAAACAUAAUUUAUUACAAUCGAGUCAGUAAUUGUAAGGUAUAUUUUGUAUAAUAAGGAUGUAAGUUUUGUAAUAUGUUGUGUGGUUGAAAGCAAUGUGAUCCUUACGGCAGAUUCCAGGCAUUAUUAUAAAAUAUAAAUAUCCGACUAUUCAGAUAGAGGGUAAUGGUUUCGUAGAGUAUAAUAAAAGAUGUAUAAAAACAUGUAUAUACAUUUUAACGUAUAAAUACCUGCUGUGAAGUCCUCUACUGGACAACAAUGAUAAUACUUUGCUUGUUUAAUGACUAUUCCAGAAUUAUACAUUUGAUUAAAAAUGUUGAGAAACUUUAGGCAAAACAGAGUAAAUAAUUCCGGUCUCCGUACUUUUGAAAACGUAAUUUUUGGAACUAUUUAAAAAGAUAGGAAAAGAAUAAUUCUAAUGUCUAAAAUUACGUCAUCAAAACGUGAGAAGAUCAAAAAUAUUUAGACGUAAUGACCUCUAGAUUCUAAAGAUACCUACUAAUUUUCAUUCUGGUUUACCUAAUAAUUUCAACAUUUAUGUUUGAUAGACUUAAUGAGCUACAAAUUUUAACUAGAUUGCCUUGAACCUUGAACACAUAAUGUGAUAUAUUGUAAAUAGUUAGGAUAGAAAAAUAUUGGGUAUUAAGUAACACCUUCAUUAUAAUGAUCCUUAAAAUUCUUCGUACACAAAUUAUUCUCUUUUGAAAACCAAUAAGACAGUACAUGUAAUUAUAUCUUAUCAAAAACGAUAUGUUACGACAGAUAUUUUUGAUCACUUACGAUAUUAGUUCGUCAGAUAUUAAGGAAAAAAUAACCAAACGUGUGUAAACAUAAGUAUUACGUUCUCAUAAUGUAGCAAUGAUGUGAAUUUAUUUGCGAUUUACAAGAUAUUGUAACGUAUACUUAGUGAAAUGGAAUCCUGAUUUACCAUCAAACUAUUGUAUAUGUCAUUUAUAUGAGAUAAUAAAAUUGAUUUCCAUUCAGUCGUACAGUCAGCAACAGAAAUAUCUAAGUGAUCGAGUUGUUAAAAAUGAUCUGAGCACAAUAUCAGCGUGUCAGUGUGCAUAUCAAUUUGAACAUCCGACCCGUUUAGACAUUUUCGCUACGGACUCAUUAUUUAAUUGCAUGGGGAUCAAUGUUUCAGGAUACUGAAUGUUCAAUGUACAGUCUAGGAUAGAAAAAAAAACAAUGCGGUUAUUUUACGAAAAAUAUGAGUAAGUUCUUUAUGUUAGUUAUGCAUGACAGUAAGACUAUGUAAAUUUACACAUAUUUUUGAUCAAUUGACCGUAUUGAUAAUUUUACCCUACUGUACUGUUAAAUAAAUAAGAAUCGCGUAAUUGUUACAAACCUGUAAUGCUCAAACUGUAACUGAAACAAUAAAUAAAAGGUGUUAUAAGUCAAAAGUAAUA